UUGAUUUCUUAACGUCUCUCCACCCACAUUUAUUUAAUUUAAUUACUGUAAUCUUAUCAUUUGCAUCUCUGAUGAUCUAAUUUACAUAUAAAAAAUAUUUGCUACUUUUAUUUUUGCCGACCAAUUGUGAUUCUUCUGCAUGAAUUCCAUUGCUGUUGACCUAAACUUUUCUCUCUUUCUGUAUUAAAACUGUCUGACUCCAAACUUUUAUCUAGCAUGGCGGCGUGUCGUUUCUUGCUUGAUUUCUAAUCAAGAUUAUCAUUGAGCGUGACUUAAAGAUUUUGUUUUUCUUUUAAAAGAAGAGAUUUUGAUUGAAUUCAUCGCAUGUUAAGGAGAAAUGAAUCGAAUGAUAUCCAAGAUUGGCAUCAAGAUUCAAAGAUCUCUUCAAAAAGGAAGCAAUAAGGGUUUGAAUUACUGGAAAUGGUCUGAAUUUGGCAUCUUAUAUUAGUUUUUGCUCUAGGAGUUACUCUAGAGGGCGUUGUUUUAAAUUCUAGAGGGCUUGAAUUUGCAGUGUUAACUUUAAGUGCCCAAAGUGAGGUCAAUGGAAAUGAAACCUAAACAAAUCACAGAAAGUGUGAUUGCAAAAUUAAUGGGUCUUGAUGAACUGCCACCCCAGCAGCCUGUUCAAAAGAAACCAAGAGUGCUCUCUGAGAAUUAUCUACGGAGAGUUUCUUCUAUAGGUGUUAGAGAGAAAAAUUCAGAACCUAACUCAUGUAGGUUGAGUAGUGAAGAGCAGCAAGAUCAUAUCGAAGUCUUCCAAAUAUUAGAAACAUUAAAGAGACACAAGCACCGGAGCAUGUCAGCUGAAAAGAGAAAAAUACGUUCAAGUUCCCCAGGGGCAAAGGUGAUGUUUAGACGGGAGGAAUUCAAGCAAUCAACAGAUGUUUCAGAGGAUAUGAAGCUUCAAAGUUCAAAGGAAUGUCAUGAUGCAAAGGAAGUUAUUGAUUCAAAGACUGAUAAUUUUCCAAAAUAUUUCCAGGAACCAGUGCUCACCAAGAAAGCAAAUAAUCUGCAAGGCAUCCCUCAUUACUUGCAGCCAGGGCUCAUUACAUUUGUAAGGCCGUUGUGUCCUUCUGACCGCAGAGAUAUUGGGAGGAGCAGGAAAUUUUGGAGGCCAACUGAACAAGGAUAUCCAAGGAAAAUUGAAGAUGGCCUUGGGACAUAUUCCUGCAGAAAACUUGGCCUUGACGUUGCUAAUGAGUUUCUUGGAUCACAAUUGGAUUUGAAUGAUGGGUCAUGCCUCCCCACUACCAGGAUUGUUGUUCUGAAACCAAAACCAGGAAAGGCACAAAAUGCUGGAAGAUAUUUUUCAUCUACCGGUGCAAUCGAGGUUUUUCAUUCAAUUGAUAGGAAUCAUGAAGAGAUUCUCAACGUUCAAAAUGAAAACUUGUAUGCUGAAGUGAAAGAAAGGAAGAAGAUGGACUGUGACUCAGGACCUGCAAGGUCGAGGUCUAGGUUUUCAAAGCAAAUAAGCAGAAGAAUGGGUCAUGGUAUAAACAGCACUUCUACUAAGGCACAGGCGUCUGAAAUCAGGGGUAGUGACACCUUGCCUAAAGAGUCUGAGUUGAUGAUACCUUCCUUGCCCGUUUUGUCUGAUAGGAAGAACCAAUAUCACUGUUCAGAUGAGCCAUAUCUGGCCAGGGAAGCCAAGAAACAAAUCUCUGAAAGAUGGAAGACGACCAAAAAGUUUCAGCAGGUUGAACUAUUUAGUAGGUGUAAAACCUUGGGCGAAAUGCUUGCCAUUCCUGAUUGUGAAGCAAGGCCAAAAAAUUUUGCUUCCAAUCCUGAUAACUAUGAUCAAGUCGUUCCUGACAGUGGAGGUGUGACUCCUUUAGGCACAAGAAGCCUGGAAUUUCGGGAUGGUGGCCAUGUCAGAGACUUACCAAAAUCCAGAUCUCUUCUAGUGAAUUUUAAUACAGUUGCAAGUCCUAAAACCAUGACAAGACAUAAAUCUCUUCGAAAGUCCAGCUGUAUGAUUUCUCCAUCAACUCCUCAUCUGGUGUCAGAAAACAGUCAUUCUGCAGACGCUGUUUAUGCUCUUCAAAAUGAACUGGAAAACAAAAUUGAGGUGAGAAAUUCUCAUGGCCAAAGUUCCUCAUUUCUCGGUUCAUCUGGACAAAACUAUCAGACCUUGCAAGAUCCUUGGGUGACACAGGGGGGGCACAAGAAUGAAGGCAGUGAUGGGGAUCUAUCUGAAAAGAAUUAUGAAGCUUGCAAAUCUUCAAUGAGCAAUAUUUCUUCAACUAACGUGGUAGUUAAUUCACCGGCUGAUGCAGAAAUUGCAGCUCCAAAGAGGUCCCUGUCAUAUCAUGAGUUGCUUGAAUUGGAACCUAACAAUUGUGUCUCGCUAGUAAAAGAUGAAUAUUCUUCUCGAGACCCACCUACUUCAACUCAACAGGAUAUAUCCAACCGAAUCUCUGAGAUAGAGUCUGUUUCUUCACACUGCUCCGGCACCGAUGGAGACCCGGAAUCUUUGAUGAGCAUUGAGGAUGCUUAUCAACCUAGUCCAGAUUCUGUAUUGGAACCAUUAUUCAAGAAAGAGAUUUCAUCUACCUCUGACUGUUUUGAGAGCGUCCAUGCUUCUUUAAAUGGUUUACAGUCGCAUCUUGAACUUAUGAAGUCAGAGGCAUCAGAAACAUACUCAGAAGGAUCUGGCAUGAUGGUUUCUAGCGAUGAAGAUUCUGGGGAAGGAGGAUCACUGGAUGACUCUGAUGAAAAUGAAAAGACGAGAUUUUUCAGAGCUGAAGAGAGUAGGGAUUUCUCCUACCUGGUUAAUGUAUUGUCCGAGGCAGGUUUUGACAGUAGGAACCUGAAAAUGGGCUUUGACUCGUGGCGCUCUCAAGGAUACCCAAUGAGUCCUCUUGUCUUUGAGACCCUUGAGAAAAUGUUUGGUGAGCAGACAUCUUGGAAGAGGUUUGAAAGGAGGCUCCUGUUCGAUCGUAUAAAUUCAGGGCUGAUUGAGAUUCUACAGCCAUCCAUGGGUUUGCCGACAUGGACAAAACCUGUAGCAAGAAGGUUUAGUUUUAGUCUGGGCCAGGAGAUGAUUGAGGAGGAGUUAUGGAUGUCGCUGGUUGCUGAGGAAAAGGAAGCUAGCAAGGAGUCUGGAAAGGUGCUGGGGAAGGAUGACAAGUGGUUAGAGUUGAGUGAUGAUGUUCAGAUCAUCGGUAUAGAAAUAGAAAAUUGUUUGAUGGACGAGCUGGUUGCAGAUGUUGUUAGCAUGGAGAGUUUCUGAAAGGCCGGGAGUAUUACUAUAUUGUUAACAGAAUUCCUCGAGAAUAUUUGGAUAGUCUUUCAGAAUUCGUCGAGAAUAUGUGGAUAGUCUGUCUGUAUUGUUAAAAAUCCAAAGAAAAAAAAGAAAAAACAGUGAAGAGGUAUAGGGAUUAGGGAGGUAGUAGUGUCUUUGGCUUGUUCAUGUUUGAACAGUAGGGGAGAGGCAUAUGUAGGUACAAUUUUGAUCUAGGUGUGAGGCUUGAAAUUGGUUUUGGAGAUUGCAUUGAGUAUUCAAGUUCUUUGUUUUUUUGCUUGAGUAAAUUUUUUCUGUACCAAAUUCACGAGCCAAUUUUCAUGAUGUGUAGAAUUCAUUCUUCUGUGGAAGUUUUUGUUUUGUUUUUGAAGUAUCAGGUUC